AUGGCGAUCUAUCUCCAGGAUAAUCAAACCUCACCACCGAAAGACCUCAUUCAAGAAUUCGCUACCUCUAAUCCCCCGCCAAAGUUACCAUCGGAGCCAAGCUUUGGACUGGACUCCAUAUUUGGCUUAUGCUUAUCGUCUUUCGCUGCCCCUUUGUAUCUCUAUGCGUCCCUUAAGGGGAAAUUCCAGGUCUGGGACGAUGUCUUAGCUACAAUACCCGACGAGGUGUUCCAUGGCCCUGCGCUAGAUGUUGGGUGUGGCCGCGGGCUCGUGCUUCUCAAGGUGGCUAAACGCAAACAGAAGCUCGCCCGUGAUGCUUCAGAUGGAUGCGUAUGUCCGGCCUAUGGUAUCGACAUAUUCAGCAAGGCGGAUCAGACGGGAAACUCGCCGCUUGCAACAUAUCAGAACGCGGCAGCCUUGGGAGUUUCCGCAAAUACUGUGCUGCACAGAGCGAGUUUUACUGAACAGCUUCCAUUCGCCGAUGGUGUAUUUUCCCUUGUUACAUCAAACCUGGCAAUACACAACGUCAAUCGUGAAGGGCAAACCGUUGCCAUCAAGGAGAUGGCUCGAGUCUGUAAGCCAGGCGGUCGGAUAGUGAUGAUAGACCUGUACGGGCAUUUUAAGGACCAUAAGGCUGUUCUCCUUGAGCUUGGGUGGAGGGAGGUCAGGAUUGUGUUGGUUGGGUUUAAGAUGCUGUAUGGCGUUUUACCAUGCCAGAUCUUGACAACAAUGAAGCCGUCACAAUGA